AUGACUUUGUCGACUUUGCCCCUCGAGGUCCUCCAUACCAUAUGCGAAUGCCUCGACAGCCACCUUGAUGUGGCCAGCUUCCGCCUCGUCUGCCGGGCAUUCGGCGACAUUGGCCUCAAAUUCCUGAUGCCCAUGCUAAUUGUCGCUCCCACCGCCGAGAGCAUCGCCCGGCUGCGCGCCAUUUCGUUGCAUCCCGUUCUCAGACACCAUGUGUCUGGCGUCACGUUUCUGAUAAACGUGUUUUACCCAGACGCCAACUACGACGACUGGCGGCGCCGGGUGCCCAGACCCUAUAAGCGAAAUCUCGGGGGCCUAUAUGGUUAUUGGCGUCGGUGUUGGAGAAUUUAUGAGAAACUGAUAUCCGGACAGAAGAAUGCCUUCAGGGCACUGGGGCCUUCGCAAGACGUGGAAGAUGCUUGCCGCCGCCUGACCAGCCUGGACCAUCUGGAGAUAGCAGAAUCGUUCUGUGAAGAAGAUUACCUUCAGCACAAUCAGACAUACAAGACACUCGUCAAAUGGCUCCACCAGUAUAAUGUACUUGAUGGCCAGCCCUUUUACCCUUUUAGUGCAGCGUCUUCUUACACUGGGCCCCCUGGCGUCAAACCGUUGAAGGCAUUCUUGCGUGCCAUGACCAGCUUGAAGGUCCGAAACCUUCGGGUCAAGGUGCUGGACGUCGGGUUCUUCGAUGGUUACGAAACCAGGAGUAAAUCUUACUUAAAGGAGAGUCUUUGUCAUCUCCGCGCCCUCGAGUUACAGCUCUGCAUCAACGACAAGUCGUCGGAGUGGUGCGAGUCGAUAGCAGUGGCCAACCGGAUUCUGUCUACGAACCGGCUGAUAAACUUUCUGUGCUCAGCGCCGCACCUUGAGAAGAUCCGAGUCGCGUUCAAGUGGUAUGAUUGGGAGGAUGGGUACUCCCAUGUCAAGAUUGCCAAUGUUCUCCCCAGGCGACACACAUGGCCUCACCUGCGAAGCCUCCAAAUAGAUAGCAUCGAAAUAGUGGCAUCUCACUUCUUGGACUUUGUCAGCUCCCACAAAAACACUCUCAAGCUCAUGAGUUUGAGGGAUUGUUUGCUUGCUGAUGACCCAGAUCAGGGUUUGGAGGCACCACGCAGCCGCUGGCCGGACGUCUUCGUCCCGCUCGUCGUCUCUGACCCUCUGGAUAUGCUCUCUCUCAAGGGCAGCUUUAAGAUAUCCCAAGAAAAUGAUGACAUUGACAUGCUAAGCUUGCUCCAGGAUUUUGAGAUCACUGUCGGCCAAGCGCUGGCGAUUGCGAUAUGCUCGAGGGAGUUCGAUUCUUUUCUGCAGGGCGAAGUUGCAGGCCACGGCGGAAAUCUGACGGUAGAAGCCGUCAAGAAAGGCUUGAUCGAAGAUAUGACGGGCGAGCUCCAAAAGCCAAAAGGUUACGGGAGAAGCAAGGUACAUGUCAAAAAGUAUUCGAGCUAUUUGAAGUCAUUCACUAUGCUCAGGGGAAAUGAUCCCAGUUGGGGGGCUUGGUGGCGGCGGCCAGGCGACUGUACGAUCCUACCUGAUACUCAUGGGACAUCUAGCCUUCGCAACCCUGAUAUGGAUAAUGAGGAAUAG